ACUUUUGUCUGACAAUCACGACAUAAUGUUUUGGUUGGUAUGAAAGAAUCAGUUCAAAUGGAUCUCAUUUAAUUCACAGCUCAUUUUCCCUAUCUCUCCUCUGAUUCUCUCGCUCUCUCGCUCACCCCACACCUGUUGUUAAGUACUUUGCGCCUGCUCUAACUCAGUCGGGGAAAGUUAUCACCCAGUAAACACACGUUCGAUGUGAGAACGAAGAAUACGCUUAUCCUCCUUGUUUUUUAAUUGCAUUUUUUCUCCAGGUGGAAGAAAAAAAGUCUUCCACAAAUGGCCCCACAGGAAAACUAGCAGGGAUGGUAACUAGGGAGCGAUGAGCACGAACCUGCAGGAAACGUCACAUGGAGACAGAUUCUCUAAUGACCGGAGAUAUCACAACAUCCUCUGCAGUAGCAACAAAUGGCUUUUAAUGCCGUGGUAAAGGUAAAGCUCAGGUGCAGUAGAUGCACAGUGUGAAUGACCGUAUAUCAACAUGUCAGUCAGCAGUUCGACCACCAUGGCUUCGAAGAGAAGAACCUCCACGCUGCCUGUGGCCUGUCUGACCUUGGCUGUGUUCCUGCAUGUGGAGACAGUGUCUGGAAUGAACUUUGGGGACAUGACUGAAAAACUGAUGAUGAAAUGCCAGAAUAACGGUCACCCGAUGCCCAAGAUGAUGCCGCUCAUCACUGCCUUCAACAGCAGUGACUCGGCUCCACUGGACAACAACACCAACAGAUCCAGCAGCAUCUUAUCCACGCUCCUGAAUCACCUGAAUGCAGCCUCUUCAGUUCCCAUAGAUGGUGUCAUGACAGACAUGAUUGGGAACUGCACCUAUGUAACAGAAAUGAUCAGACUGAUGAAGAACAGUUCUGAGGCGUCUUCAUGUUACAUGCACGCGUUCGUGGCUCCUCUGUCCUGGACGCUUUUGAACAUGCAGAGCGAAAACAACAUCAGCUCAGACGACUACAGUGCUCUGCUGUGGGCCGUCAAGCCUGCACUGCUGGACAUGCUGUCAUCCAACAUGAGUCUUCCCACCAAAGUAGCAGGCCAGCACCUGAAAACCAUGAUGAUGAUGAUGCACGACGCGUAUGGUUCCAUGACUGAAACCCUGAGGACUGACCUGGCAAAGUGGACAAAACACCAGAUCGCUCAGAACUACUACAACUGUACAAUGACGCCGCCGUCUGACCCAAGGUCACAACCUCCUGAGCACUGCAGGCCCUUGGACAUGGACGCCGUGACCAUGAUGGGGCCUUUCCUCCCCCAUUUAACCCCAGAUGAUGUCGACGGCUGUCCCGUAGAGAUGACGUGUGAGUUUUUCCUGUCGGGCCGGUGCAACUCUACAUUCAGCAGAGCAGCCAGGAUCAACCCCAGCCUGGGAACAAAGCUGCUCCAGAAGAUUCUACAGUGCUUCAGUGGGAAGGAAAGGCUUGCCGAUCACCUGGAUAAGCUUGGUUCCCUGGCUUGUUAUUACUUCAAUGCUACAGGCAUGUCUCCUGAGCUCAGUAGAAAGUUCCUUGUUCAGCUUGACAACUGUGACCCCAGCCCCCAAAUCACCCAGAUGAAAAAGGAACAUCUCAGCUUGAUGAUUUCGAGCUUCAACAUGACUCACUCACUGAAUGAGCUGGGCAGUAAUGUUGCCUUGUUGUCUGCCCAGCAACUGUCCAUGAUCGCCAGCUCUGCUCUCAAAGAGUGUCUCCAAAGUCUAGGAGCCAGCGUCCAGUGGAAGCAGAGCCAGCUGAGCGUUCUAGUCCACAAGCUGCUGGGGGACAAGAAUUGUAACGAGGUGUCCAGCAAGGACCUGGUGGCCCUUCAGUCGAUUGCAGGAGGUUUGUCGUGCUGUGUGCUCAAGCAAGUCAAAGCCCAGGAGAUGCUGAAUGACACGGAGGCCCUGAAGGCCAUGUCCAAGGGGAUGAGUAAAGGGCAGCUGAAGGCCAUGCUGCAGGGGCUUCAGAGGGAUGCGGACCCCUCAGAGCUGGUGCAGAAGUUGGCCGGACCUUUGCUCCACAGCGUUUCUCUGACCAAACUGAUGAAAGCAAAUAUCACAACAUUGAACCAAGUUGAGAAUAAAAACUGGACUCGCUCACAGGCGGCGUACUUGGCUAAAAAGAUGCAGGACCUAAAUCAGCUUCAGCAGUAUGGGAGGCUGCGCUCCAUCCUUCAGGGCGUGACCUGCAAGAUGAUUGACAACGGAACAAACAGCGAUGCCCAGAGCUUGGCUCAGGCCCUAACACAGAAUCCACAGUGGCUCUCCAAAGUGCUGGCAGGCUGCGCCGCCCAGAAGCUGUUUGCCACUUUGGAGAAGGAGCGAGACGACUAUUUCUCCACAGUCACCAGAGCUGAGCUGGAUAAGAUUCCUGCAGUCUUGCUCAUCCACUUACUGCCUUCGAAGGUGAAGAGCUUGCCCGACUCCGUGUGUCCCGUGUUCCUUGACAAGAUGAAAUCCGUCACGCUGGAGUCUUUACCUCUUCCUUCUCUGUGUCGUCCUGCGCUCACACAGAGGGCUCUGCUCUGUCUGGGAAAACCCAUUUCCAGUCUGACCACUGACGACGUGUCCCGGCUGGGGCCGCUGCUGUGUGAGGUGUCUGCGUCCCAGCUGCGCCUCAUGGCCCCUGCUGUUCUGAACUCGUCCCUCGUGGCCAUGGCUUCUUGCCAGUUUAUCCCCCAGCUCCAGAGGCCAGAACUGAUGGAUCUGGUCAAGCUGACCUUUGGGAAUCCAUCCACCUGGCAACAACAGACUAUGGAGGCACUGGGUCCCCUUCUCGUUUUAGAUGAUAAUGCAACAUCUGCUCUGCCCAAUAAGCCUUGGAUGAAGGACACUCUCUAUCUCCUUAAGUCACGUCUGUCCUUCGUCUCAGAGGCCCUGAAGAAGAAAAUCUUUGAUCUCACCACCACAGCAAAUCUGAAUACAGCACGUAGAAAGAGAGCCAGCAGUAGCAGUGUUGAUGGUGCAGCACCUACUGUUAAGGUGAUUGACACCUUGGAAGCGAACAAUGUCUACUGGACUCCUGCACAGCUGGAUUUGACGCCAAAUGACGCCUUCCUCAGCUGUGUAGAAUUACUUGGGUCCGUCCCUGGGUAUAACGCAGAGCAGCUGGCCGUGCUCAGCAAAAAAGCAACGCAGGCCUUUGGCCCCGUGUCGCAGAUGAACGACAGCGUAGUGACACAGUUAGGAUGUAUAACUCGAGGCUUCUCUGCCGCCGAUCUGAAGAAACUCCCCUUCCCUCUGGACGGUCUGGAGAGAAUAUCCCACUGUGGCUGGAAUGAGUCCCAGUUGGAGGCUGUGUGGAAAGGUGUUGCUAAAUAUAAUAACCUGACCGCUCAGCAGCUGGGAGCUGCAGAUAUCGUUGCACUGAAUAGAUUCAUCUGUGGCCUCAACUCCAGCGAGAUUGGAUCCCUCAACAAAGAAGCUUUCAGGGAUGCUGUCGGCUCAGUGAAUGACAUUCAGUGCUCAUUCAAGGUCAUGCAGAAUUUGAAGGAUCUUGCUGUAUCUGCCUUCGGGGACCCCAGCACCUGGACGGAGGCACAUGUUUCUCAUUUAGGAAACAUUGUUGCUGGGCUGCAUGCGAGCCAGUUGGCUGCCUUGGGGCCGUCUGUCCUCUCCUUUGUCAGUCAGACGUGCAUCCCGGUUAUACCACCUACCAACUUUGCUGAACUCUCUGUUGCGCAGCUUGAGGCUCUUGGUCCUGACAACGCUGCCAUGGUAACCGCUGAACAGAAAGCCGCGCUGAGAAAGGACCAACGCGCUGCUCUUAACUCAGCUGAGACAGGGAGUCCUACCAGAGCGCAGGUCUCUGUUGGCUCAGGUGUUCCCUCUGUGAGUGUUGAGGGGAUCUCUGCCUACAUUAAACCAUUGCUGUUCCUCCUCAUGGGUUUCCUGCUGCUGUGAGUCCAGAGAACCACUGCCUUCAACUGUGAGUCCUGAAGGAACCUCAGCUAAUCAGAUGCACAUACACAGUCAAAGCAUAUAUUCAUAUUAUUACUGAAUACUUGUGACAAUAUGUAAUUCAUUAUAUUAGGGAUGAAGACAUUUAUGUAUUUUCAUACACAAAUAUAUAAACCCUGUAGGACAUUAGUACAGUACAUUACUGCUGUGUCUACAUUUUAAUGGAAUGUCACUUCCUUGCUGUCUAUUAUGGGAUGUCUUUAGUUUCUAUUUAGAUUGUUGAAACCACUGAACUAGAGAACGAAAAAUUGUUAUAUUUAUAAUACACAAAGUUAAAGUCAUAUUUUAAGAAAAGGGUUUUAUUUUGCUUUUAUGAACAUUUUUAGAAAUUGCCCUGUAAAUGAAAAAGUAGAUAUUCAAUACAACUGUGUAUGUUAAAGUGAGCAAAUCACCUGAGAAAGUACACAAUCAUGUACAGGUCACUGAUGAAUACAGCACAAUAAAAGAAUAGUUUUAGUUUAAUAGGUUUGAUUUUAGCUCAGUCUAAAGGUUCUGCGAUCGGAAACAUCUGCAACCUUUUGGACAUAAGUAAAAAUGAAAACUUUGAACUUAACACCCACUUUUCCCAAUGGACGUAUCUGUAUCAUGCAACAGUUGUGACUUUUCAGUUUCAGUGUACUUUCAUGUACUGAGUGUGUGUGUGUCUGAAUCGACACCAGUAUCAACAUCUGCAGUGGUUUUUAGCAGUGCAUAAGACUAAAGACAAAAUGUUAAAAUACAAAGAUCUACAUGAAAACAUACUUGCAUAUAAGUUUUCUUGUUUACAGCGAUUGCAUAAAGCAAGCAAUAGACAAACAUAUGCCUGCAUACGAAAUGAAGUUUAUUGUACUUUCAUUUUUAGAAAGUACGCCUGAACUAUCAUCAGAUCUAAUGUCAAUACAGUAUAUUAUAUUAAAUUCUAUGUUGAAUAUUCA